AAUAUCCCACAUCACUCCACCCGUUUGCACUUCCUGACGGGAAUUCCCAGCGUUUCCCGGAAUGUCAUUAUGUAGAGCGGGAAAUGAAGACUAAAUAAACAGGCUAAACAGGCUACCGGAAGCCAUCACCUCCCGGCUCCGCUAACCGGGCCAUUUAAAAUAAUUCGAAACCGAAACAAUUUAGUCCACCCCUGUACUGCGUCACGUCAUUACAAGAGCUAUUGGCUCAUUUCGCCGCCCACGUCAUACACUACUACUAAGGAUUUAAAGAUUUACAGAGGUUUAACUCAUGACCUCUUUAGUAGUGUAGACAACGCUUUAAACUGCUGCAUCAGGAUCAUUUUAAUGUAUUUACUUCGCUUUUUGCAGUUCGAGGAAUUUUAUACGAGGAAACAUUAGCAAAGGCUGCUGCUUUAUUCUCAAACUAUAAAUGUAAGCAUUUGGCUUAAUUUAACUAAAAGAAAGAGCAUCUGUUUAUCUCGAGAUGCCAGCUGCCCUUAUGGACAACUUUGACAGGGGAAGUCCUUUCUCACAAAGUGGUUCACAAAGUCCUCAAGACUGGAGCACAGUACAGUCAGAUGGCCACAAACAUCAGUGGAGAGAGAAGAACAGAGAUGCAGCUCGCAAGAGUCGUAGAAAACAGACAGAAAAGGCAGACAUUUUGCACAUGGAACUCCAAAAUCUAGAGCAGUCCAAUGCUGCAUAUGUGAAAGAAAUCGCAGAACUGAGGAAGGAGAUUCAAAUCUACACCACUGCUUUGGAACAACAUGGACCUUUCUGCACUAAAGUGUCCUUGUGUGGACCGUCACUACCCAUUAGUGCUGAUCCAUCCACAGCAACACCCGCUACAGCAGAUUUCACCUUUGUCUCUGACCUCAACCCCUUGCCGGACCUUGGUUUCUUAUCUGCCUCUCCACAUAAUUCAGUGGACUUUGCUCUAUCAGACCUCCUUGAGAGCAGCGAUUGGUCUUCUUGGGACACAGUGAAUGGUGAUGGUUGCUUACAGCAAUUUUGAAAAACAUGAGAUGCUAUAUCAGUUACAUUCUUAUUUGGUGACUUUCCUUACACACAGUGCUGGGUAGUAACAGAUUACAUAUAAUCUGUAUUAUGUAAUCAAGUACUUGUAAUUACAUUAAAUUACAUUUUAAAGUACUCUUAAUCAGAUUACAGUUACUAUUUUAUGGAUUACUUGAAUACAUAUUAAUCAGGCAAAGUAUUCUAAAGUAUAAUAACAAAGAACAUAAUUGUUCAUUAUUUAUUGAUCCCUCUAAUUCUUCUUCUGUUCAAAUACCUUUUAAAAACCUGAUACUAGCCACCAGCCAUAAUUACACUGAAGAUGGAGUGGUAAUCCACACAUAAAUGCAGAACCGAUUGUAUCAGUGCAGUAAAGUUUUAGUUUCGCAAAUUGUUUUUGUACUCGGCUUCAAAAAUUUACAAGAAUGCGCUUUUGCUUUUGUCAGAACUUUUGAGACGUAUUUUUUUUUUUGUGACAUUGAUUCACAAAUAUAACUGGUCUGGUCUGCGUUUCCCAAAAGCAUCGUAAGCUUAAGUAGAUUGUAGAUCAAUUUAAGUUUACGAUGCUUUUGGGAAACGCAGCCCUGAUCUGCUAUCACACGUGGAUGAUGUUUGUAAUGCCAAAAUUGCCAGAGUAAGAACGUUUUAAGUGCCUUUUUUACUAUACUCAGAAACAGAUAGGGUUGGGAGUGUUACUUUUAAAAUGUUUUCCACUACAGAUUACAGAAUACAUCCUUUAACAUUUAAUUUGUAAUGUAUUCCGUUAGAUUACUCAAGGUCAGUAACAUAUUCUAAAUACUUUGGAUUACUUCUUCAGCACUGGUAGAUUUUUUCACUUGUUUUGACUAUAAAAACUCUGCCAGUACAGUAAGACCAAAUACACAUGUUAAAAAUACAUUCACUGAAAAAAGCCUAAGUAUCUUAUGCAGUGUUGCUUCUAAAACAAAAUAAAUUACAUUUAUCUUGUUUUAAGGAUUUUUAGAUAUUUUUACAGAAAAACAAUUCAAAAAUGAUCAUCAUGAAUACGAUUUUUGCCCUAAUAUCAAAGGUCUUACUGCUCCAAACUUACUUCGAAACUUACUUCUCUGUUGUAUGAAUGUAGCACAUUUUAAGAAAGUGUUUCACCGCUGUUCGAAUGCUCUUUGGAUUGCAUUUAUAUGUAUAAAUGUUUUCCAUCUAAAUAGACUAAAUAUUAAAUGGAACAAACGAAAAUAAAAUGCAAAGUAAUCUCUUCAGUAAUCAAAAUACUUUUUGAAUGUAACUGUACUCUAAUUACCAAUGAUUUAAAUUGUAACUGUAGUGGAAUACAGUUACUUGUAUUUUGUAUUUUAAAUACGUAAUCCCGUUACAUGUAUUUCGUUACUCCCCAGCCUUGGAAACUGGAACGAGUAGUGAGUAAAACACACACACACACACACACACACACACACACACACAUACAAAUCAUAUCAAUUCUUAUAUUUUCAUCCAUUAAGCAAGUUUUCUUUAAUGUAUUUAAUCUACAUUAUGUCAAAAUGGUACCAGCUUCUCCUACUCAGUUGCAAGUGUCAUCAAACAAACAAGAAUUGUCAGAAGUAAUCAGAAAGUAAUCCAAACAAAAUCUGAUUAGAUUAUUUCAAAUGUAAUCCAAGAGAUUACGUUAAUGACUACAAUUUUAGUCAUAUAAUUUUUAAUCAGUCUCAGAUUACAAAUUAGAAGUAAUCUACCCAGCACUGCUUACACACUACUACAUACAGCAAACAGCUUUUUGAGACUUUUUGUUGUUGUGUUCAAAUGCAAAAGGUGCUAAACCCAUGUUCUAUAAACAUGUAGAUAUUGUUUUUUUCUUUUUAUAUUUUUUGUAAACUAUAUACUGUAUAUUUACAAAUGCAAAAACUGACUUUAGCUACAUUUUGAAUGUAGCUUCCAUAAUAAGGGCAUUAUAUUUAACGUGCAUGACGAGAUCAUGGCUUGGUUGAAUCAAUUUUAAUGUGUAUUUUGAUCAUAUAUUUAAUAAAUUAUAUUUUAAUAUU